AUGGAGGACAACGACAGCGACAACUAUUUGCUGGGAAAUGCAAAUAGGCGGCUGUUGUUUUCUAGCCAGCUGAGUCAAGGAUUUGACACGAGUCAACGACUAAAUGCCGCGACAAAUGAAAGCAGCAUCGAUAAGUCGCUGGACAUCCGACUACUAUCGCAGAUGGAUUUUCUAACUCCAGCGCUCACCGAGGAAGUGCCUUCUCAAAUCUUUGACUCCGUGCGUGAUUCUACUGACACUUCUGGAAUCUUUGGAGAGACGCCGCAAAAGAAGCAUUCCUCUGGGGCUCGCUCUUUUUUCAAACGAAAACUUGGAUAUGAUGUACAACAUUCUGAAAUCAAAAAGACGAGUUUGUUUCCUGCCACCGAGCGCAUGACAGUAGCGACGCUUCAAGCUCCCGAUGAAAAUAAAUACUUAAACCUUCCCGAAGAUAUCAAUUCGAACCUGCAGAAACUGUUACAGAAACCGGAUUUUACCGUUCUGGACGAGACCCGAAUUUCGCGAUAUCAGCGCGAUUUCAAAGAGCUCCAAAUGUUGGGAAAGGGCGUUUCAUCGACCGUGACGCUGUGCAAACAUCGAAUCGACGGGUGCUACUACGCGAUAAAACAGAUCUCGGUCGAUUCGCAGCGACGUUCACCAGCUUUAAAACGAGCCAAAAAAGAAGUGAAAGUGUUAAGUACAUUAAGUAGAUUGGUUUUAUCCCUGCAUUACGCUCCAGGCGAGGCGCCGAACAUCAUUCGAUACUUCACAUCGUGGCAGGAAGACGAUUUCUUCUUCAUCCAAUUGGAAUACUGUUUCUAUGGGUCCGUCUCGAAGUAUCUGGAGCAUGAAGACGUCUCCGUGUUGCUCUGGCAGAUCGGUCACGCGCUUCGCUGGCUCCAUCAGCGCGGCUUCGCUCAUUUGGACGUGAAACCGGACAACAUUCUGAUCUGCAAACGGCGCGAAGCGGAGGGCAGUCGCACCGAUUGGCAGUUCAAACUGACCGACUUCGGACUGACUGCGCACGUGGUGGACGAAGCUUUUGGGGACGGGGACUGCCGCUAUCUGCCGCCGUUGGGUUUGGAUGGAGGAAUGGAGCGUAGAGAGAUGGUGACCGCGGCGACGGCGCAGAAAGCGGACGUGUUCGCGCUGGGCGUGAGCGCGAUUCAGCUGGUAAGGAGCGAGGGAGGCGUGUGA